AUGAAUAAAAACAAACUGAUCCAUGAUUUCCUGGAGGUCGUUUCGAGAGGUGAUGUGGAACUCAUCUGUGACCAUAUUACAAAAGUCCAUUCCAUCCUGGGCAAUCUUGACUUUCAGCAUCCAAAGACCGGAAAUACCCCUCUCAUCGCUGCCGCAGAAGAAAAUCUGACAGAGGUCAUUGGAUUUCUUCUGGAGAAGGGAGCAGAUCUCACCCUCUGCAAUUACAGCAACCAAACGGCAGUCCACGUAGCUAACUGCAAUAUGCAGCAACAGCUUCUCUUGGCCGUCAAUGGAAUUCAGCCUCCCCAAAUGCAACUGCUACGGAGUUCAUGGCAAGGUGAUCUGAAACAGCUUCAACACCUGCUGGCUUCUGAGAAGUUCCUGGAUAUAAAUCUCCCAAACCAACAUGGCCUGACCGCUCUGAUGCUGGCUGUGAGAGAUGUGGAUCUGUUUGAGAGUCUCGACAUGCUACCAGCCUACAGACCCGUGGAAGUUCUGGCCGAGCUCCUCAGCCAUCGCGCGAGAGCGUUUUCUACCUCUGAUGUAAAGCACAGUGGCCGAAGAAUUGAGUUCCCUCUGCCGCCUUUGUCGCUCCUGCCCAGCUCCUCCGGUCUCCUUACUCUCCCCCCAAAUCACAAGAUUCAAAAAGGGAGACAAAGCCGUGCUCCAAGCCUCCUCACCUUGAUCCCUAAAAUCUCAGAGCCCGUUAUUCGAUCUGAUGAGUUUAGACAACCGAACAAGCAGCAGGAAGCCCCAAGUCAGGUGCUUGGGAAUCAGACUCUCCGAUCUUCCGAUAGCUCCAUUUGGUCCAGAAACAUGUGCUCCUUUCGGAAGGCUAGCCUUCCCCGAGAACACUUGCAAGUGGAGAAGAAUUGCAACCCCAAGGACACAGAGGGGUGUGACAAAAUGGAAUGCUCUCCCUUUGAAAAGGGACAGUCUUGGGUGUUCUUUGAGAAUCAUAGGGAAGAUAAUAUUUCCACUGCUCCUGAAGAGGAUGCUGACUGCCGUGGGAGUGAAAUGAAAAAAGUAGGAGACGAGCCCUCUCAACAUCUUUCAUCAAGAAAUAGCGCGGGUUCAGGUCUCAGGAACUGCGAACAAGAAUCAGAAAGUGUCUGUGGCACCCUAAGCAAGCUCCAAGAAGUCCAGCAUGCAGAGGUAACUCAGGACCCGGAGAGAGAGGCUAGAACUGAUCGGGUUGAUUCACGACGUGCUUCGGUGUAUACAGGAGAAGCGACUGAGCAAAAUCAUGAGGAAUUGGAAGCAUAUCCGGUCCUUACGAGUUUGCCUAAUACCGUCCCUGAUGGUCCUAUUGAGAAGCGUCCAGAAGGUCAGGGUGACAUGGAGACAAACAUAAAAUUAUCAGUAGCGGAAAGUACCAAACCAGAAGUAAAUAAAGCGGUGCCUCUUAUCUGCAUCACGUUCCCUGGAGAUGGCGCUCCCAAGGGCCAGCAAUGGCCAGCAGUGGCCAAACCUGGCCUCCAAAGGAGGAAGGCUAUCCUCCAGGCCAAUAACCAGAGCUUCACUAUCCGGGCACACCAAGAAAAUGACAGACAUAAGAAGAAAACCUAUAGAAAUAAGUCGGAUUCAAAGACCAAGAUAAGUAGUAAGACACCUCAGAAACCCAUGAGUUCCACUGAGGGGUCCACGAAGCCUACCACGCAGAAAACCAGCAUAAAAACUCACGGGUUCCCCACGUUGGGGCUUGUUGAUACCAGGCCUCCACCGUCCCCCAAGUUUCAAAACAGAAUGCCACAGACAGAGAAGAAGCAGGCCACUCACAGGCCGCCGAAGCCCCAGAGGCCCCCGUCAUUUCCUUGCAUCUGUAAGAACCCCGUGCUAAAGAAGUCUUCCUUGCCUUUUGCUGUUCAACCAUCAGAAUCAAACCUCACGCAUCUAGAUCUGAAGUACAGUGACAUGUUCAAAGAAAUCAAUUCCACGGGCAACGGGCCUGGGAUCUAUGAAAUGUUUGGGACCCCUGUGUAUUGCCACGCGAGAGAGGCGGGGCGGCAUGAAAGCAAACACUGCCGGCAGAUUUGUACAGCUCCACCUGGCACAGGUAUGGUCAGCAAAUGCCAGUCCCCACACACUGAGAGCAGAAACAACACGAGGGCUAGGAACGCCCACAAAAGACCACAUGUCAACCCCCCCAAGGGUUCGCUGGGCAUCAAACAAAAGCACAAAGAUUUCAUGUCCAAAGGAAAGAGUUGCAAGCCGAUCGCUAGGAACCUAGAAGACAUCGAAAAUGACCAUGGUGUCACGGAACCAGACUGGCGUGUGAAGUCUUCCGAAAAUGACUUUCGGUCUUUCAAAGAUGAAGUUCCGUCCAUGAACUUGGCUCUGUAUGCUGAGCAAUCCACCGAACACAAGGAAUUCCUUCCUGUUUCCGAUUUGUCCAUUGUUGAGGAGCUUUCUAUGGAAGAGCCCGUCAAUGAAGGAGACCUUUCGAACCACCCACUGCUGGCCACGAGCCUUAGAGAUCUUCAGGAACUUGAAGAGCUGCCUCCCCACAUCCCACUGGUCCCCUCAGAAAGCAGCUGGGCAUUGCCCAGGGAGAAGAAUUCCAUCACACAUGUACUGCAAGAAAAGCAGAACGAAGCAUCUCAUGGUGACCUCAAUGCCUACCCAAACUUACCUAAAGAGCUAGGAUUUGAUAGUAUUCCAAAUACAUCUAAAACACGCAUGAGCUUCUCUUUCCCCGAGAAACAAGAACUGGCAGCUUCCCAAAGAUAUCAAAAUUGGGCACGUUCUUUGGAUCAUGAGAGUUUAGCAAAUAAGCCAAUUGCAUGUCAGAUGUUCGGGGCAUCUUUAAAUGAUGAUGAUUCACUCUCCCUAGGAAGUCUGGACUCUUUAAAGAAUGAAGAAUUGACAGAUGAACUCUUGGGUUGUUUAGCUGCAGAACUCUUAGCGCUUGAUGAAAAAGAUAACUCUAACCAAAUAAGGGAACAUGAGAUUUACCCUGGAAGUCUAAAUCUUGAGUGCAGUAGGAAAGGAAAUACCCUACAGGAACUGGGCAGAGAGGCAACAAACGUCAAAAUCCAGAGGUAUGGUCAUGGGUUCCGAAUUUAUGACAGGGAGGACAAAUUUCUCAACUCAAAUGAAAAGAAGAUAUUUUCUGAAAGUAGUUUAAAGCAUGGAGAGCCUAUCCUGUGGACCAAGGGGGAGAUCCUUGGGAAGGGCGCCUAUGGCACGGUAUACUGUGGUCUCACUAGCCAGGGCCAGCUAAUCGCUGUCAAGCAGGUGGCGCUGGAUACCUCUGAUAAAUUAGCUACGGAGAAAGAAUACCGAAAACUGCAUGAAGAAGUCGAUUUGCUCAAAGUUCUGAAACACGUGAACAUUGUGGCCUAUUUGGGGACCUGCUUGGAAGAGAACAUUGUGAGCAUUUUCAUGGAGUUUGUUCCCGGUGGUUCCAUCUCCAGUAUUAUCAAUCGCUUCGGGCCAUUGCCCGAGAUGGUGUUCUGUAAAUACACAAAACAAAUUCUGCAGGGCGUUGCUUACCUUCAUGAGAACUGCGUGGUGCAUCGAGACAUCAAGGGGAACAACGUCAUGCUCAUGCCAACUGGGAUAAUAAAGCUGAUUGACUUUGGCUGUGCCAAGCGUUUGGCUUGGGCGGGCCUCAACGGCACUCACAGUGAUAUGCUGAAGUCCAUGCAUGGCACCCCGUACUGGAUGGCCCCGGAAGUCAUCAAUGAGUCUGGCUACGGCAGGAAGUCGGACAUCUGGAGCAUUGGCUGCACUGUAUUUGAGAUGGCCACGGGCAAGCCGCCGCUGGCCUCCAUGGACAGGAUGGCGGCCAUGUUUUACAUCGGGGCGCACCGCGGGCUGAUGCCGCCUUUGCCAGACCGCUUCUCGGAACACGCUGUGGACUUCGUGCGCGUGUGCCUAACCAGGGACCAGCACGAGAGACCUUCCGCACUGCAGCUCCUGCGGCACACCUUCCUGAAGAGAAGUCACUGAAUGGAACAUCAGGACUUUCUUCCCAGGUCCACUCCGCUAUUCACCUCCGGGAAAUGACGGUUCAGGAGUCUUUGUUUUCCGACUGGAAACUCUGAUCCUACUUCCACCAGAUCCUCUAAAGCGUCACUAAUGUACAGCUUUAAGCACUACUUCUCCUCAAGCCUCCCAUGUAUAUGAGAAAAUUUUAAUUGACCAAUAAAAAACCUAUUCCAGUGUUUACAAUUUUAACUUUCCAAAACACAAUUCUCUAUGGCUUUAUAACUUCCUUUUAUU